AUGGCCACAAUAACCUCCUGGAGGGGAAACACAGAGCUGGUCACUGCCAGAAGGACAGAGCCACACGAUGUCCCAGACAUUAUCGGCCUCUUCAGCCCUGACACAGAAGAUCUCUUUGGAAGGAUUGAUGUCACCUACCUUUUAGAAUUAUCAAAUCUUGCUUUGACGCUCUGCAAUGAGAAGAAUGAGGUUUUAGCCCAUGCUGCCUUUCUGGACUAUCCAAAUUGGAAUAUCACUGAUCAGGCUGAGUGGGAAUCAUUCCUGCAUAAAAACUACACUAACAAUAAAUGCACUCCUUUGAACACGCUCUUCAUGCAUCUCUUAGUGGCAAAGGAAGACUAUGCAGCUGGAUGUUCCCAAGAAAUUGUUAGGAGUGCUUUCAUCUUACUACCAGAACUGCAGUUUAUACUUUCCUUUAUUCCACCUGAGGAGAAGUUAGGUUUUAGUCAUUCAGAGCUGGACAUGGGGAAUGUCUUUGAAAAGAUGCUGCCUGUUCCAGGCUCACCCAUGGAGAGAGGUUUCACCUUGCUGGCAUGCCCCAGGCAUCGGUGUCACCCACGGCUGUACGUGCGCCAAGCAAGGAUGGAAGAUUAUGAUGAUCUCAUGCUAAUCUGGACACCUCAAAGUGAGACUCUGAAGGAAAUCUAUGGUGAAUAUGUCCUUGUUGAUCUCAUAGAACGUGAAGGUGAAGAAAAUCAGGCAGCUGUUUGUGAGGUUGGUGGCACUGCAGUAGGAUUCAUGAGCUUAUGUUCUCACGUGAACAUUUCCUUGUUUCAAGAGUGUUUUGACUUAGGGCCUUUCCAUGGGCUCUGUAAACCACAUCCUGAGGAUAUUCUCAAAGUGCCAAGGAAGCCAAGCAUUCGAGGAGAUCGAGAUGAAAGCAACCACACGAGUGAAAAGCCAGAGCCUGUUUCUUCUCAAAACUCAGAACAUGUUGCUGGUGCAGAUGCAACUGUGCAGAAAGACAAAGCCAUGGCUGUUGGCCAGACUGGACUGCCAGUAGGUGAUGUCGGCAGCACAGGCUCUGAAGGCUCAGUAGCACCUCCCCCGGAGAAUGGUGAGGAAGGGGAUUUGCAUCCCGUGUACAGAGGAGCUUCAAAUGUUUUCCAUAUCCGUCUGUUCUGUAUCGAUGAGAAGUAUGAAAGUAGGUCACUGGAUUUUUUGCAAUAUGCUUUCAGCGUUUUCCCAGACAGAGACUUGUGUGUGAUGCUGGUGCCACAUGGUGUCCCGGAGUUCCCCCUGAUGCGGACCUUUGUUCGGGCCGUCCCGUCCUGCACUUCCCGCCUGGGUCGGGAGCUGUACGUGUUCCACCGCGCGGGAUUGCUCACGUCAUUUAGUGUAAGAAAAGCAGCAACCAGUGACCUACAGUGUAUAAAAAUGCUCGUUGAAAGUCUUAGCUUGAAUGAAAAGAUAUGGAAUGACUCAAAGAUCUUCACUGAGGCUCGCAGGGGGCCAGACGGGAUGCCAGUACAGGCUUUUGUAGCAGAAGUGUUGGAUCAAAUCGUUGGUGUUGCUGUCACUAGGGAUGAAAGGGAUAUUGAGUAUAUUCGAUCACAUUACAACAUUGAGGACUUCAUUCAUUUUAAUCACCACCAGCAAGAGGAACAUGGACAUCUUUGCCACUUUGUCUUGAAUCCUGUAUUUCACCACUAUACAAAAUAUUUUCUAAAAGAGAUUCUUCGCUUGGGUCACAAAUCCUCUCUUUACUACCCUAUUUAUCCAGAAUAUGUGGAGGGCAAGUUCCAGCGUCCCUGUGCCCAUUCCCUGACAUCUGCCCUUCAUUACAUGGCUCCCGUGCGGCCGAGACGACAGAUUGUCUAUCCUCUGCGAGAGCUUGGCGUGAACGCUCCGUCGGAGCAAGUCUCCAAGGAUCAGCUGAAAUAUUCUUUGAACCACAUAAAUAGAAAGCUGGUUCUGGAAUCAAAAGUGUGUAUCAACACUAGAAUUGUGGUGGUUGGUGCAUCUGACGUUGGAAUCUCUUUUCUGGAAACGUUGAUUUUUUGGCCCCGUCUGAAAUUCAACAACCUGACCUUGAUUUCCACUCAUGGACUUCCAGGAAAAGACCCUCAGAGCUCCAAGUAUAGAAGAUUUUUAAUUAACAGCCACUGUUUUAACGAUGAAGAUUAUGCACAGAUGUCACUUUGUUCAUGGGUUAACGUCGUGGUUGGUAAGAUGACAGGCAUAAACCGCAGUGCCAAAUACGUUGUUGUUUCCAAGGAGAGGGAAGUGCCGUACGACUACCUGGUUCUGUGCAUGGGACAGAGCUACCAGGCCAUGGCUCCUGCCGGAAGCGAAAUCACGAGUCAGUGGCCACAGAGAUACCUGGGGACAGUCCCUCCCAAUCACUUCACUCUCAAUGAUGCUCAGGACUGCUUGGAGGCAGCACGCUGGCUGGAGGAGAACCUUGGCAACUCCACAGGGAACGCCAUUGUCUACGGGAAUACAAUUGACAUUUACACCACGGUAGAAGCCCUCUUAUCCCUCGGGAUUGAUGGUUCCCGCAUCCAUCUGGUGCAGGCUCCGCUCAGCUCUGCCGGUGCCUGCCUCGGGGACGCCGCGGUGCAGCGCAGGGUGCGGGAGGCGCUGGCAGAGGCGGGCGCGGCCGUGCACCCGGAGCGCGUCCUGGCACGGUGGGGCCGGGACGAGCACGGCCGCAUCACCUGGGCUGCCUUCACCGGUGCCGCAGAGCCGCUCCGGCUGCAGUGCUCCGCAUUUUUUAGCUUUGCCUACAGGACACUGGAUUAUGAAACCUUUAAGGCCAUCAGUGAUGCGUGCCUUGUUUUUGACGGAAGAGUUGUGAUUGAUGCCAGAUUCCACACCAAUGACACCAGCAUCAGGGCUGCAGGUCCUCUGACAAAGUUCUCCAGGAGAUACUUCAGGGAUGAUGUGACACACAGCAACUUCAACUCCAAGGAGAUUGGCUUUGAGCUUGCUGCUUCCAUGCUGAGUCUCUUUGAUCCAACCCCUCAGCCCAGUUCUGAGCCACCAGAAGGCUCAGACAGACUCAUCCCUGUGUACAGAAAGUGCAAAGUUCAGGCUGGUGUUCUUCCUGGAGGUUAUAACUACUUGCACAUUUCCAAGCCUGGAAUCCCCAUGCCCUUGGAUGUAGAACGUGACCCAUGCGAUCUUGGGACGGAGAUUGUGACCGGGGAGGCUGCUCACGGGAAUUACUUCAGGAUGCACUUCAGCAGAUACAACAUGGUGGACAGCAUCACCUGCUUUUGCAAGGAGCCCAUCCCUGUGUCCAACUACAUGUGCUUGUACGGACAGCACGAGCGCCUGCUCAAUGACCUGUUCUACCGCUGGAGGGCCGGGCAGCUCACAGACCUCUACAGCUACUUCAGGGAACCUUGGUCCAUGGCCAUCUAUCACGAUCGGUUUAUUGAUCUGCAGAAGGAACUGCGCCAAACCCUGAUGUCAGAACAGGUAAGAAAAACAACUGGUGAGUGCAUUUUAUUAUUUAGGUAAUUUGUUAGUGUUGUUCACUUCGGUUUCUUCUCCCAUCUUUAUCCUGAAGCUAUAUGUUUCUGUUUGCCUCUCUCUUUGGGGAAGCCUGACACAGCACAGUGUUCAGUUUUCUUGUUUGGGCAUAUUCUCAAAUCUGCCUGUACAACUUGAACUCGCUUUGUUGUCCUUCGCUGCAUUUUUGCAUUAUAG